UGGUUCAGGACGGUGGAUAAUCAUCACCCUGCGGGCCACCACGUACAGCAGAGAACACCUUCCAUGCCUUCUGUAUUCUGACACACAUCACUUCUCGUCUGCUGGUUGCGGAUUGCCUCCCUUGGCUAUCCCUCCCAUCCACUCAAUUAGACCGGCACGCGGCACAGGGUCUUCUACUCUUCUUCAAAUUCACAGCUCCCCUCGAGGGAAGAAGAAAAGAAAAGGGAAGACCCCACGGGCACGGACACACAAUGAAACCACCAGAGAACCACGCGCUUCACGCCGCAGGCACGCGCAAAGCGAGACUACCUGGAGAGAUGCCACUCCACUUGGCGUGCCGCCGCCUCUUGCUGCUCCUCGCCGCGGUCGCCACCUCGCCGGCGGCGGUGGCCGAGUCCAACCGAUCCUCCAACUGCACCCUGUUCCCUGACGCGGAAUUCGUCCGUGCGGCGUUCUUGAACGUCACCAACUUCACGCCGCCGUUACCCGGCCGCCGCGCGUGCCGCCCGGUCCGGCGGCUCCGGUUCCCGUCGCGCAAGCUCAUAGGCGCCGUGAAUUGGGCCGAGCUGGGCAACCUGUCCAGCCUCCUCACCGUCGACCUCUCCGGCAACUCCCUCCAGGGCGCUAUCAGCAGCGCGUUCUGGCGCGCGCCGUUGCUCCGGGCCGUGGACGUCUCCCGUAACAACCUCGACGGCGCGCUCCGGUUCGAUGACCCGAGCUCGCGCCUGGCGUCGCUGAACGUGUCGGGAAACCGGUUCACCUCCGCCGUCGGCCUCGCCGGACUCACCAGUUUGGAGGACCUCGACGUGUCGGGGAACGUGAUCAGAACGGCGCCGGAAGGACUGCGACAGCUGACGCUGCUGCGGCGGCUUGACUUGUCCAGGAACGAGAUGUCUGGGAGGUUUCCCGACGACCUGCCACCGCUGGGUGGUCUCGUUUCCUUGAACAUCUCGUACAACAACUUCUCUGGUGUCGUGCCCGCCGACGCCGUCCGGAGGUUUGGCAAAUCCGCCUUCUUCCAACCCGGCAACGCGUUGCAAGUGAUUGAAGACGACGCUACGAGCGGCAGAAAAAAUCGCAGGCGUGCGGUCGUCAUCGCACCAGCCGCAGCCGGCGCGGCGGUGACCGCGGCGGCGCUGGCGUUCUUGGCGGCGUGCGUUCUGACGCGUCGCGGGAGGAAGAAGAAGAAUGGCAAGGACGGGAAGGCAGCGGUGUGGGAGGACGAGGAGGUGGUCGUGGGGGCGGUGAAGGUGGCCGCGGCGGCGCCGGUGGUGGUGCUGGAGCGGCCGCUGAUGGAGCUGACGCUGGCCGACCUGGCCGCGGCCACGUCGGGAUUCGGCCGCGAGUCGCAGCUCGCGGAGACGGGCGGCCGCAGCGGCGCCGCGUACCGCGCCGUGCUCCCCGGGGACCUGCACGUCGUCGUGCGCGUUGUGGAGGGGCCCCUGGCGGGAGUUGGGGAAGAGGACGACGAGGCCGCCACGGCCGCCGGGUUCCGGGAGCUCGCUCGGUUCAGGCAUCCGAACAUUCUGCCGCUCCUUGGUUACUGCAUUGCAGGAAAGCAAAAACUCCUCCUUUUCGAGUACAUGGAGAAAGGCGACCUCCACCGGUGGCUCCACGAGCUACCGGUAGGUAGCAUGGACACCGAGGACAUUGGCAUCGACACGAUGGAAGCCAUCGAGGACAGGAAGCCCGCCGGCGACUGGCCUACUCGGUAUCGCGUCAUCCUCGGAAUAGCCCGAGGGCUCGCGUUCUUGCACCAGGGAUGGGCAGGAUCCGGCCGGCCCAUCGUGCACGGCCGCCUGGUUCCGACCAACAUCCUCCUCGGCGACGACAUGGAGCCCCGGAUAUCGGAUUUCCUGCACCCCAACGACGAGACGCCGGAGAGCGACGUCUACCGCUUCGGCACCCUGGUCUUCGAGCUCGUGACGGGGCAGGCGAGGUGGAACGAGACGUCGACGAGCUGGGCAAGAGGUGUGAUCCGGAACCGGAAGGGCCUCAACCUCGUGGAUGACCGGCUGAGAGAUGAAACCAUGGGGACGGAGGCGGAGAAGGAGAUGGCGGAGUGCCUGCAGGUGGGGUUGCUCUGCACGGCGAGCUCGCCGGAGAAGAGGCCCACCAUGCAGCAGGUGGUGGGCCUGCUCAAGGACAUCAGGCCGGCGGCGCCCGCCGGUGAGCCGUCGCCGGCCUCAUGAUGCAAUGAUGGGCUGUGAGCGCACACGCGAGGAUGUGGUUAGCUGGGGAGUGGGGAGCAGCAGCCUUCUGCUUUUUCGCACGGUGCAACUCCCAAAUCCGAGAAGAUUCGUGUUGAUUCUUUUGGGGCAGUAAAAAUACUGGAAUGGCAUACCUCUUCUGUGCUCUGCUUUUGGAGCUCGCUUUCGUUGGGUCGCGGUGUUUCUGUCAUGUUUUCGUUGAAGGUAGGAUGACGCUUUAUCGGUUGGUACAACAACUUUGUUGCGGCAUACGGGGGCUGUUGGAGUCACGAGGUGCCUGGAGUGAGAGUUCGUUUUGAUUGCACCCACGUAUGCGCCUGACACGCCCUGUGAGCUUUGUCCUCCUGACUGGCCGGAAUGGAGAGCGCCUGAGGUGCCAAGUUAUGCAAUAGCAUUUUUGUACCGGCAGUAUUUUUGUAAACCUAGUGAUAUGGGAUAAAAAUAGUAUUGGUAAUCAUUUUUUAUAGACAAGUGAGCUAGUAAAUUACU